GAAAGCGCCGGCGGGGCGGGGAGAUGGCGGCGGCGGGGCGGUGGCUGGGGCUUCGCGCUGCGCGGCUGGCGCCGGCCCCGGCGCGCGCCGUCCCGAGAAGCGUCCUUGCGGUCUCCCUGCGCCCAGGGUUGGAAACCUUCCUAGGGUUGGCCUGGAGCCCAAGCAGGUGUGGUAGUUCUGCAGCUGAAGCACCUGCCACCAAAGCGGAGGAUGACUCCUUUCUCCAGUGGUUCCUGCUUCUCAUUCCUGCGACUGCCUUUGGCCUGGGGACCUGGCAGGUCCAGCGUCGAAAGUGGAAGCUGAAGCUGAUAGCAGAGCUCGAGUCUAGAGUUAUGGCUGAGCCCAUCCCUCUGCCAGCAGACCCAAUGGAACUGAAGAAUCUGGAGUACAGGCCAGUGAAGGUCAGGGGGCACUUUGACCACUCCAAGGAGCUGUACAUGAUGCCUCGGACGAUGGUGGACCCAGCCCGGGAGGCCCGGGAGGCCGGUCGCCUCUCUUCCUCGCCAGAGAGCGGGGCCUACGUCAUCACCCCCUUCCACUGCACAGAGCUGGGAAUCACCAUCCUGGUAAAUAGAGGGUUUGUCCCCAGGAAGAAAGUAAAUCCGGAUACACGGCAGAAAGGCCAGAUCGAGGGAGAAGUGGACCUAGUUGGGAUGGUGAGGCUGACAGAAACCAGGAAGCCCUUUGUCCCUGAGAACAAUCCAGAAAGAAAUCACUGGCAUUACCGGGACCUGGAGGCCAUGGCCAGGCUCACAGGCGCAGACCCCAUUUUCAUUGAUGCUGACUUCAAGAGCACCGUCCCCGGGGGACCCAUUGGAGGGCAAACCCGAGUCACUCUGAGGAACGAGCACAUGCAAUACAUCAUCACCUGGUAUGGACUCUGUGCAGCUACGUCAUACCUGUGGUUUAAGAAAUUCCUACGUCGGACUUCCGGUGUGUGAGACUAGCAGAUGUAGCCCUUCCCCUAAAUUAUCAGGAAGCGGCUGAUUUCUGGAGAUGUUUUCAUGUGGGAUCAGCAACUAUUGGCAUAAAUAAAUCUCUGUGCUACG